AUGAAGAGCAACGCUUGGCAUCCUCCAUCCUCUCGACAAGCGUCAACGGAAGCAACAAUAAUACAAACUACGCAGCAGUUUCUGUCCACAAGUUCUAGCCAAGCCCAGACUACGCCAGUGUCCAAUAUCCCACGUCCAUUCAGCAAGCCGUAUUCGCGAAGGUUGCGGCCAAGACGGUGCGCAGCCAAGAAACGACCAUAG